GAGGCGGCGGUGGCGGCUGGAGCCCGGCACGGCACGGCGCCGCCGCCAGCCCCGGCCCCGGCCCCCGUGGCAGUCCCCGCCCCGCCCGCCCCGCCGCGCCGCGCCGGCCCCCGCCGCCCCGCGCCGCCCCGUAGUAGCCAGAGAGCGGGGGAGCCGUGCGGGCGGCAGCGGCCGCAGCCCUGCGCCAGCCGCGCAGCGGAGAUGCGCGUCCCCGCCGCCCUGUGAGCGCCGCCGGCGGAGACGGCGACGGGAGCGGCGUUCCCCGCAGCGGCUCUGCCUGCCGGGGCGCCCGCCGCGCCCCGCUCCAGCGCACGGAAGAGGAAGGCGAGGGGGAGGGGGCCCGGCGGACGGUCCCGCUGCGGCCGCGGCUCCCGAGCCUGCCCGUCGGGACCCCGGUGACGAGGGGCGGAGGAGGCAGCGGCCGAAGCCGUAGCGGGGGGCGCUCGCCGCUACCCCGGGGCCGGGACAUGUCGUCGGCGGCGGUGGCGGCUGCUUCCCGCAGGCAGUCGUGCUACCUGUGCGAUCUGCCCCGCAUGCCCUGGGCCAUGAUCUGGGACUUCACCGAGCCCGUCUGCCGGGGCUGCGUCAACUACGAGGGCGCCGACCGCGUGGAGUUCGUCAUCGACACGGCGCGGCAGCUGAAGCGGGCGCACGGCUGCUUCCCCGAGGGCCGGGCCCCGCCACCGCCCCACGCCAAGCAGCCUCCGCUCUCCGCCAAGGAGCUCCUGGCGCAGCAGCAGCAGCUCGGCCACCCCUCGGCGGCGGAGGCGGCGGCGCGGCCCCCGCCGCAGCCCCUGGAGCGCUACUCGCUGGCGGCCGAGAGGCCGCCGCCCCGCCUGGGCGCCGAGUACGGCGGCGGCCGGCAGGUCAACGGGAUCCUGGUGCCCAACGGCUUCCCCAAGCCCGAGGAGCCGCCAGAGCUCAACCGGCAGAGCCCGAACCCGCGGCGGACGCACGCCGUGCCGCCCACCCUUGUGCCGCUGGUGAACGGUGCCGGGCUCCCCGCCGCCAUCGGCGGUCUGGGCAGCCGCGCCGCCGCCGCGGCCGCCGCCUCGCUGGCCGCCAUCUCCGCCGCGCCCGCCCCCAUGGCCGUGCCCGUGCCCCAGCAGCCGGCGGCGGCGGCGCAGGCGGCGGGGCAGGCGGCGGGGCAGCCCGGCGAGCUGGGGCACAAGCGCCCCGGCUCCGUCUCCUCCUCCUCCUCCUCGGGUGGCGGCGGCAGCGCGGCGGGGGAGCACGACAGUGGCGCCAAGGAGAAGCGCGGCUCCGCCGAGAGCCUGCCGGCGGCGGCGGCGGCGGAGCUGGCCGCGGAGGGCAAGGGCCGGCCGGGCGCCGAGCAGGAGUGGCUGGCCAAGCCCAAGACAGUGCGGGACACGCUGCUGGCCCUGCACCAGCACGGGAGCCACACCGUGGCCUCCUUCGACAGCAAAUUCAAGAAAGAGCCGGGCAUGGCGGGCGGCAGGCUGCUGGGCUACGAGACCAACGGCUCCGUGGCCAAGCCAGGGGCCCGGGCCGCCCGGAAGAGGAAGCCUUCCCCCGAGCCGGAGGGCGAGGCUGGACCCCCGAAGAUCAACGGGGAGGUGCAGCCGUGGCUGCCCACCCCGUCGGAAGGGAUGAAGCUGCCGCUGACGGCCACCCCCUUCAUGUCGCCCCCGCCGCCCACCGCCUCGCCCCACUCCAACCGGACCACGCCGCCCGAGGCGGCACAGAACGGCCAGUCCCCCAUGGCCGCCCUCAUUCUGGUGGCGGACAAUGCCGGGGGCAACCACGCCUCCAAAGACGCCAACCAGGUCCACUCCACCACGCGGAGGAACAGCAGCAGCCCCCCCUCGCCCUCCGCCAUGAACCAAAGAAGGCUGGGCCCCGGCAGGGAGGUGCCGGGCCAGGGGGCCAACGCGGCGGCGGCGGGCGGGCUGGAGCCCGUGCACCCCGCCAGCCUGCCGGACUCGUCCCUCGCCGCCAGCGUCCCGUUGUGUUGUACCCUCUGCCACGAGCGCCUGGAAGACACCCACUUCGUGCAGUGCCCCUCCGUCCCCUCCCACAAGUUCUGCUUCCCCUGCUCCCGGCAGAGCAUCAAGCAGCAGGGAGCCAGCGGGGAGGUGUAUUGCCCCAGCGGGGAGAAGUGUCCCCUGGUCGGCUCCAACGUCCCCUGGGCCUUCAUGCAAGGGGAGAUCGCCACCAUCCUGGCCGGAGAUGUGAAAGUGAAAAAGGAGAGGGACUCGUGACUCGCCUGCGCUCGCUGCCCGACGUCACCUUGAACUCGAACUGCUCGAAUUCUGUAUAUAUCUAUAAAUAUAUAUAUAUAAAUAUAUAUAUAUCUCCAAGACAAGGGAAAUGUAGACUUCAUAAACAUGGCUGUAUAAUUUUGAUUUUUUUGAAUACAUUGUGUUUCUAUAUUUUUUGAAGACAAAAGGUAUGUACUUAUUAUAAAGGCAUUUCUUCUAAUUCUUCUCUUUUUUUUCUGUUUCGUUUUUUCUUUUUUUCCCUUUUGUUAUAGCAACUAUUUGUUGUGCUUCCCUGGUGACAGUUACUGUUCAAUGUAGGCUGUGACUUGCGCUGCUUUUUUUAGAGAGCACUUGGCAAACCAGAAAUGCUUCUAGCUGUAUUUGUAUGCACUUGUUUCUUCUGUUUUUUCUUUUCUUUUCUUCUUUUUUUUUUUAAAAUGCCAAAUACACUUUCUGACAUUGUAAAGAUUGCCUUACUGUCUGUGAUUCCUUAUUCCUGGCCCCUGUCCUGUAGAGCUGGUCGCAUGCAGGCUUGGUCUGAGGCAGCUGGGGACAAGAGUGGCUAGCCAAGGCAGGCAUGCCCUUUGCCAUCCCACUGGCCAGGCGAGCUUAGGGAGCAGGAGGGCUUUCUCCCAGAAGCGCGUGCCUCAGGUUGUGAUGGAAGAUCCUCCAGAUCCAGUCCCAAAUUGCUCACUGUUUCUCAAGGGAUGUUGUCACCAGAGUAGGAUGUGGAGAGGUGUCCAAGAGGCGCUGUUGAGUUAGGGAUUUCUGGGUUUGUUUGGUUUUGGUUUGGUGUUUUGUUUUUUUUUUUCUGUUUUUUUUUUUUAAGGCAAAGUUGACCGCAGUUCUCGUGAUCAGUUCUAAGAUUACAAAACUGCAUUUAUUCACCAAUUGCAUACCAUGACAUGGAAUUUUGAUAACAAACUUAGUUACAUGGUUGGCGAAGGUGCCAAUGUAGCACUGCCAUUUCUGAAGGUCUUCAGUGUCACUUGUGGGGCUUUUGUGUCUUUGGACAAAGCUGGGGAUGUGGGGAAGAGACUUUAUUUUAUUUUACUUUAAUUUUCAGAUAGUGCAUAUGGAUUUUGAUUUUGCUUACCAGUCACCUCUAGUGCUGUUGCUAUUGUUACUAUCGCUGACCCGGUGUUUCCAAGUAGUGGCAGGUACGGUGUGGUACAGUGACAGCAGUGACUGAGGCUCUGCCAAAUUGCCCGCGGGCAUAUCAGUGACAGCCCAAAUGUGGGUGGAGGAAACCUGUAAUUUCCUUAUUACGUAUGCUUGAAACAAACCUACUGCUAUUCUUUGAAAAUGAAAAUAUAAACUGGUUGAAAUGAAAGCAAUUAGUGCUGCACAUAAUGGCCCUGGCCCUGCCUUUUAAGCUACUUUGGAGAACUCUUUUGUAAAGCCACUUCUUUUGAUCAUGCUUCUGCAUCACCAAGCAGACUUCUAAAAUCAAUAAAUCAUUGGUUACUAGAAAUA